GCUUAACGAUGGUUAGCAAUCCAGUAAGUAGCCUAACCCAACGCAUUCCACCUCCCAAUUCAUACUCAGUUGCAGAAACUUACAACUAUAUAUGUUCGCUGAAAAGUCAAGUUGAAGGACAUAUUGCUUUUGUAUUAGAAAACGAAAUUCUUAUAUAUAAAAAUCUCGCAUUUUACUUACAGUUUUUGUUUUUCAUUCUUGUGACGCUGCUUUGAAUGCUUUUGUAAUCAAUUUGGAAGCAUAGUGCUAUUUGGAUUUUCUUGAACGUUUACACUUGAAAAGAAAAAGGAAAGGAUUUGGUUUUCGUUUUUGACAUUGUGGUAUAUUAGCAUUUCCCUCCCUUCAUAAAGUGACAGCAUUUGCAUUUAUUCAUGGAUUUUUGUUGCAAUCAAUAAUAAGGAAUUGGGCCUGUUUAAGAGAGGAUACAUCAUUGCACAAACAUGUCGUUUUCGAAAGCACUACCUUAUGACCCUUCGAGUCUUAGUUGGGACGAUACACAUACUCUUAACGAUCAGAAUCAAUACUGCUAUUGUGGAAAAGAUCGCAAUUUAAAAUUCCCUGAUGCUCAAUGCCGUACGUGUCAAAACUUUUUCCAUCUUUCUUGCUUGACACCCCCGUGCAACAGUAUGACUGGCUUUUCCACGAACUAUACCUUCACUUGCCGACUUUGCAGCGAUGAUGGAUUCGAGAGUUUGGAACGAGGGGUGUCAGCUUGGAAGGCCGUAACGGCUACCUCGAUGGCAAAUUUGGUAGUUAAGCGUUAUACCGAUAGCCAUCCUGAUCUGCCUAUUGAAGACUUGAAUGCCGCUAAUAAAAGGAACUUCGCUGCCGACAAAUUCUUCUUCAAAAAGAAGGAGGAUUUAAUCCCCUAUAUAGAAGAAAAUUGGCACUUGUUGUGUCCCGACCGUGAGAAAGUGCAAACUUGGCAAGCUACUUUAGGAAGUUGCUUGGUUGCUAAUAAAGAUACAUAUAGUGCAAAGGAUGAGUCUUUAAGGAAUCAGAACUCUGAAUAUUCUUUAAGUAAUCCGAACUUAUUUGUUUUUCGUUCUGGUUACAUUGUCCCUUUCCAAAAAAUUGGUGCAACCGUGCCAAAGCGGCGGUUUUCCGAGAUGGACUCCUCCUUACUUGUUUCCGCAAGGUUAAAGGAAGAAUUUAAAGAACCUAAGAAAGAACAGAAGCGUGUUAAUAACUCCGCACCGCAUGCUUUCAACAAGAAAAAAGAUGUUCCCACCAUUCCUAUACGCUACAAACCGCCUCCUUGGAAACCUUCGGAUUUCAAUACUGUCCCUAAACUACCCAAUUUUACCCAAGCAUCCUCGAAUAAAUCCCAUGGCUUCUUUUCUUUGUCUGAAAUUCCGUUUAAUUCUCGAGGUUUUCGAUACACUCCUUGUGAAGCUGCUCGUGAUCUUCCAACCACUAUGUAUCGUGAAAUUGAACUUCCACCCUUUUGUGCAAGAAUUAACUGGCACGAUGUAUCACCGCCUGUGUUAGUUGACCAUUCGGUGUUGUCGGCGACAGUGGAGAAGGGUUUUCGUAUGGCACGUUCUAAUGUGUUUAUGACCCAAGGAGAGUGGUAUUUUGAGGUAAAAGUAGAAAAAGGAGGUGGCCAUGAUGGGUCCCACGUUCGCAUAGGACUUGCCAGGCGAGAAGCUCCACUCGAUGCUCCGGUUGGUUAUGACGCUUACUCUUAUGGACUGCGAGACGUUGGAGGGCAAAAAGUUCACAUGUCUCGACCAAGAGCUUUUAUGGAGUCUUUUGGAACUGGAGACAUCAUAGGGUUUCAUGUUUCCUUGCCCAAGAUUACGCCGACAGAUGCUCAAGUUUCGAACAUAUAUCAUGACAGAAUUCCUAUUCGCUAUAGAGGACAGCUUUUUUUUGAACAGCCAGAUUAUGUACCAAGCAAAGCAAUGGAUGAACUUUUGGUACCAAAUGAACAAGCUAAAUAUGUGGAUUUGGCAUAUUUACCUGGUUCAUAUAUCAAAGUAUACAAAAACGGCUCGUAUAUGGGAACUGCAUUUGAAAAUUUACUCGACUUUACGCCUCUUAAUUCUAUAAACUCUAAUCAACAUUCGUUUAAUGAUGGUUCUCUUGGUUAUUAUCCUGCAAUUAGCAUGUACGGAGGGGGGAUUGCUAGGUUUCAGUUUGGUCCUCAAUUUUCGCAUCGUCCGUCAUCGCUAGGAUCCCAUGUGCGACCAGUAUCGGAAAGAUAUACAGAGCAGAUUGCAGAAGAUGUUUUAUGUGAUAUACUUGAUGAAAUAGAAUACUCAAACGAACCAAAUGCUUUUUCGGCGGAUCUUUUGCCUGAACAAGACGAAGCAGGAUUGACAGUCAUUCCUGAAAUUAAAGAAAUACUAGAAUAAUAUAGAAAAAUGGCCUGCUUUGAUUUACUUCCUAUGCUAUGAGCGGUUUAGUUUUGUAGUCCACUACAUCAUGGAUUUCUUGGCACAUGGGAACUUUUAUGGGAAACAUAUAGAUUUGAAGUUAUUCCAAAAUCCUCGAUCAUAAAUAUUGUGGACCUGACCAAGUGAAUACGUUAAUGUGGCAUCUGCAGGAGCAUCCUCUUGAAGGGUUAGCAUUUGAACUCCGUUUCUAUAAUGCAUAUAAACUUUAGACUGCAGAAUAAGUUCAUUUAAAUCCGCCCAUUUCUCGCUUUCGUUUGUUGUAUAUCCAGCGUAGACCAAAUAGAAUUCAUAACACAAGAAAGAAAACACGAUUACGCUACUGAAGACUGAGAUUAAAAACACGGAACCAAGUUGCCUUUCAGCGGUGAUAGCAGCCCACCAGGAAACUAACAGAGACUUGAGAGUCGAAUCUCGCACUCUGUUGAAAUGGAAUCCUAUACAGAAAACUCCGUACAAUUGAAUUUGUAGCGUAGAAAGUAAAAACAGAAAGAAAUAGCGAAUAUUGUUGCGUCCAACGCAAUUGUUUAUCCAAAUGCAAUGGUGAUCAAACUUUUGGACACAGCAGUUACAUAAGCGGCAAUGCUUGGACCUAGCCGGUUUCAAAAAUUUACAAGUUUCACAAGUGCGCGGGAAAAAGAUUUUAUAAUCGUAAGGGUAUGCGGUUGAAGCUUCUUGCCAGUUUUCCUGCGUAACUACACCUGGGUCCGAAUAGAUUGCGAUAUAAAGAGAAACAUAGGGUAAAACAGCAGAAGUAACUAGAAGCAACCAGUCCAGUUUAUGGUACUGAUUCGUAAUAGUUCGUCCAUGAACAAAACAACGAGAGAAUGCUUUUGAAAGAAAACGUAGUUUGAUGAUAUGCGAUAAAAUACAUAGCCUUUACCAUGAAGCAAUUUAUUAUCCAGUUGAGAUAGCUUUUUAGGGAGCCAUAGCAAAAACAAUCGGUUCAACUUUCCAAUGACAGUAUGUCGAAAGAUUCGUAACUGUCCGAAAAGCAGAAUGAACACGAAGGCACUUACAAUGGCUACGAAGAGCAGAUAUUUGUAAAAAAAGUUCAUUUCCAAGACAUGAGUUUCUCGCCACAACAAUAUUUAUAUACUUUCACAACUUUUAUAAAAUAAGUCUUUGUUUUUUUUUUAUUCUGUAAAUACUCUUAUUCCCCAAUUCAUCUUCACUUCAUCCUAUAGAUGGUGGAGAGAACCUUUACACCUAAUGAUUCA